AUGUAUGUGGAUACGCUCGUGGCGUUUUCCCCGGUGAAGGAGGGGUUCAUUACGCAGAAGAAGAAGUACGCCGGCGUGGGGAACGCGUACCUGGUGGGGAGAGUGUGCCGAAUUCUGAAGCAGUCGUUGUUCCAGAUAACCUGGCUGGACUCGCAGUUCCAGAACCACGUGGAAACCUUGAAUCUC